UGAUAAUGUUCUUCCUGUACGAAGAAGAUAUUCUGGCGCCAGUAACGUCAUCGUGCAUCUAUCACGCCAGAAUGUUCGUCAACGACACGUUUGGAUUCAACUUCAGCUAAAAUCUAGCGUACGGAAGUGCUAUCAUUGCGCCAUGUCAAGUGUUCAGCUGCUAAUCCCCCGUUCAGGUGAUAUGUGGUUUCCGGUGUACAGGAGAUGCAUGCAGAGAGUGGACCGGUUCCAAAAGUAUUGCAACGACACUAUCAGCCCGACGGCCUUUGUGAUCAUUUUUUCUUUAACCAUUGUCGCCUCGAACCUGUUCAGGGAGUGCAACGCCCCGCAUCAGCUAUGGGUGGGCAAUUUUAAUCAAAUACAACCGCCCUUUCAUCUCAGUGAUUCGCCCUUACGGAGAUCCAAAAUACGGGUUUGCCAUCUUCAAGGUUACGCUCAUCAUUGACAGGUCAGCUUUGGUCUCUGUAUCAACUUGCGUGCUGGCGCGAACGACGAUCGCAUCGGGUUUAGACACUGGUAGCAUCUUGGAGUAUUUACGGCGUAUAUUACGCCUGGUGCUGUUGAAGUGAGCCCAA